AUGUCUGGUGCCUCGCAGUAUAUCCGCGAGGUCUUGCACCACACGGAUCCUCCACCACCUAUCGAAGCCAGGUUCUUCUACUCGAGUCAAGUGCCUAUCGACGACCCGUUGUCCCCUGUACCCCCCGCUAGUAGCAAGAUACCUGCUGGACUCCCACCGAAGCCUUUCUCGGCGUAUGACAAUACAUCGCUGGACAAUGCUUGGCAUGAGCUGAGACGGAAGAUCCUGAAGUACAAUGAGGAGCAUGGCGAGAAGCCAGCGGUGCGGGAGGCGAGUAGAGCGAGGGCUGGGUCAAGAGGUGUGAGGGAGGGCAAGGGUAGCAGGAGAGAUUCUGGAUCGAAGCCAGCUGUUAUAAGGACGAGUCUAGCGAAACAGGCUGCCUCCAGUCUCAAUCAGGUCGAUGGUCAUGCAGAUGUGGCAGUUGAACCGGACGUGGCUGGUGAAGAAGGCUCCCAGAGUGCUACGGAUGUGCCGGCCCUGCCUGGCACAACAGGAACACCUUUCAUACGAGCACCCUCAGGCAAGCGACCAAGCGACAUACGCCAUGUCGACCCUGUGCCCAUGACGAGACCGAAGAUACACGCACAUGAUACAUAUGUGUGGGAGGACUCCUCGCAUCUGGUCGAGCAUAGUCCUGCUCCGGAGCAGAGACGGAAAGAGGAUAGGCCUGAGAUGAGCGUGCCUGUUGGUGUGUCGAGGUUACACAAGGUUGAAAUGCCGGAGCUGGUCAUGGAGCCGAUAUACUGGACGCCCAUACACGAUUCGGCACAAAUGGUGCGAGGGACGUGGUUCUACCAGGAUACUAUGAUGCCUGUUGAGGCAGAUGUUGCGAACAUGCUUGAAGCUGGAUACGUGGAGCUCCAAGUUUGGACUGAGACAUGGAAGGACGAGCUGGCUAGUGCUGUGGAGGUGGGUGCUGCCGGUGAAGAGAAGAUUGCGCAUAAAUUGUGGCCUGAAGUUAAGUCGAAGGCACACGAUAGUCGUCCUACGAGUCGGCGAGGCCCACACGACCCAGAAGAUCUUCUGAGGACAGCUACGCUCAACCUCAUUUCAGAAGGUGAAACUCCGGAGCAACAGCAGCAGAAAGCGAUCGAGGCUGCUGGUCAUAUCAUUGACAUCUCUACUGGUCCAGGAGGUGCCGACAACAAAGCUGCUGGGAAGCUGGCUUAUGGCCGACAAGGACCUCCUCGUAUCUAUGCAGACUUUGGCGUUAUAUAUGCCAACGAACGAGAAGCUAGACUGUUAUCCACCAGUCUCAUGCCAUCUGCUUACUACGGCAGACGACCACUAGCUAGCUACAUCCGCAAAAGUCACAAGCUAGGGAUUCCGGUGGUGCGUGGCUUCGACGAGGCGAUGUGGGAAAAGCUACACCCUACCAAGCAUACGCAGAAGACCGAGAAAGCUGAGCACGGUGUGGCCACUUCUGGUGCUGGCACACCACCCAACAGACGACGGAAGACUGAUCCAAAUCUUGCCAAGGCUGAAAGGCCGCAGGUUACAGAUCUGAUAUUGGUCAUCCAUGGUAUCGGGCAGAAGCUCAGUCAACGCAUGGAGAGCUUUCACUUCACGCAUGCUAUGGACGCUUUUAGACGAGACGUCAAUGUUGAAGUAGGCACGGAGCAAGUGAGCCGCCACUUCCGGGAAGGUAUGGGCGGUAUCAUGGUUCUGCCUGUCAAUUGGCGACAUACUUUGACUUUCGAGGAGGGUGGAUAUCGAGAUGGUCCCGAUGAGCUGGCAGGGUCGAACGAGUUCAGCUUGAAGGAUAUUACGCCUAAUACCCUGCCCUCUGUGCGGAAUAUUGUCAGUGAUGUCAUGCUGGAUAUUCCAUACUACCUUUCACAUCAUCAGCCUAAGAUGAUUGCUGCUGUGAUACGAGAAGCGAAUAGAGUAUAUCAGCUCUGGUGCCAACACAAUGCUGGGUUUGCGGAGAAUGGUCGAGUGCACAUCAUCGGCCACUCGCUGGGUAGCGUGAUGUCCAUCGAUAUUCUCUCGCGUCAACCAACCACACUGCCAAAACACCUCCGAGAUCCAACCAAAGUCGAUCUAGCAAACGCACAACUUGAGCACUUCCUCUUCCCAACCAGCAACCUCUUCCUCGCUGGCUCACCAGCGGGUUUCUUCCUCCUACUAAAGAAGGCACAACUCCUGCCCCGUAUCGACCAUUCCUCUGCCGCAGCAGAAGCCGAUCCGACAUCCAAUCAACUGACUAUCUGCGGCGAGCAAGGACAGUACGGAUGUAUCCCUGUUGAGAACGUCUACAACAUAAUCAACGGCUACGAUCCAGUCUCCUACCGCAUGAACGCCGCGGUCGACUCGACCUACGCUUCCUCCCUCAAACAAGCCUGGAUCCCUACCACCACAGCCGGCUGGUUCGGUGGGAAAAGCAGUACCUCCUGGUUCGGCGGCACGAGCACCGGCAGCGACAGCGUCAAACCUCCUCUCCUGCCUCGAUUACCGAGUAACGUGGAGAUGGAAACCCACGAUUUCACUCGCGAGGAGGUGGCAGAGAAGCGGAUGCUCUUGUUGAACGAUAAUGGGCAGGUGGACUUUUUUGUGAGGUAUGGUGGUGGGCCGUUGGAGAUCCAGUAUCUUACUAUGCUUGGGGCGCAUAGUUCGUAUUGGCUGCUGAGGGAUUUUACCAGAAUGAUUGUGGCGGAGGUGGGGAGGAAGCCGGGGAGAGACGGGACAUUGAAGGGUAUUCGGGCUGUUAAGAAGCCGUUGGCUAGGAUGAAGGAGGGGUAG